AUGACCGUCCCCAGCAUCCUCUCGAGCCAGCUGUGCUCAGCGGAUCAGUCAGGGGGAGAACGGCUCCGGCAUGUGGGGAUGCAGGGAAGGGCCGUGGUGUGGGGCCAGCUCAGAGGAGAGGAGUCGUGCCAGAGACAGUGUCACAACGGAGGGACCUGCCAGGUGGAAGAUGGGAAGCCCCGUUGCUCCUGCCGGGCAGGAUACACGGGGGCCGAGUGCGAGACGGAGCUCAGCCCCUGCAGAAGCGCCCCCUGCUUGCAUGGGGGGCAGUGCCAGGAGACCGAGAACCAAACCUUUGCGUGCAGCUGUCUGCCGGGUCGUAGUGGCAACCGCUGUGAGGUCUCCGUGGAUCUGUGCUCGCUGAACCCCUGUCCCCAGGGCACCGCUUGUGUAAGUGGAGAAGGCAGCUUCAUCUGUUCCUGCCUGGAAGGUGCCCUUUGCCAGCAACCGCAGGGGUCCUGCCUGGAUGGCGUGUGCCAAGGCGGCGCCACGGCACCCCUCCUCUACGUGGCAUUGCCACUAACUCUGCUCCUCUUCCUGGCCGUCCCUGCUGUGACCCUCCUGGCACUGCGCCUUCGCCACCGAUCCAGGCAGACGCCGCCGGGGCCUCCCGAGCCCGCCGCCAACAACAGCUUCCAGCCGGACGCGGUCCACCUCAUCCGGAACAUCAACCACAGCGACCUGGAGCGAGGGCUCGGGGAGGACGGGGUGGCGCCCAAGACGGGGCUGCGUCCCCCUCGGGGUCUCCCAAAGACAGACAUUUCCAACGAGGAGAGAGCCAAACUCAACCGACUGAACACUGUUCCGGCCUCACCAGGGCCGUUGCUCUGAUGGAGCGAGAGAGAACGUGGGCACCGUCAGCAUCGGGGAGAAAAGGAGACGCGUUGGGGACAUGAAAGCUGUAGCGGGGUCUCUUAGCCCUGAGUUAAGCCACUGAAGGGCCCUCAAAAUGGGGGUUUUAAGCUCCAAAGCACCUUACCUAUGGCCUCUUAACUCUUUAUGGAAAACCAUUUUUCCUCUUGCCACAUUGAGGUGGUAGGGAUAGAACUGGAUUUUAGACACUCUCUCUAGGCCCUUUUUUGGGGGGGGGGAUUGCUACUCAUCUGCAGGCAACGCUAGCCAGGAUCGACGGCACAUUCUGUGCAACAGGGACAGACAUUCUACAAGUCGGGCGGCUGGAAAUCCUUGCUGGAAAUUCACUCUUGUCGAUGCAAAGAGAAGUCGCUUUCCUGAUCUUUGAAAGACGGUCUGGCCAAGAUAACCAAGACACCAGAAAGACUGGAUUAUUCUUAUUCCUUUGCCAAAUUUCUGUGGCAGGAGGUUUGGGAAGUCACGUUGUCUUUUGUUUCUGCUUCCUACCGUCCAGAAAGAAGAAUGGAAAUGGUUUAAUUUAGAGCUGUAAUUCAAAGGACUGGGCCACCCUUAUUUUGAUCUGGCCACUGAUUCACUAUCAGGUCUGGAAAUCUACCCUGUUUCCCCAAAAAUAAGACUUAACCUGAAAAUAAGCCCUAGUAGGAUUUUUCAGGAGGCUUUUCA